AUGGAAGAGGAGGAGUCAGAGGAAGAAGAGGAUGAGCUCCACAUGUACCAAGAGUACUAUGAUGCUCUCUUCUCCAUGGACUUUGUGGAGACCAAGUACCCACAUGAUGACACAAUGAGGGCUCUUGGGAUCUUUGAGGAUGUGGAGAUAGUCCUCAAGAACAUGCGCCUGGCCAAGUUCUUCUCCUAUCACCUGGGCUCAUACAAGGAGCUCACUUGUGAGUUUUUGGCUUCGAUGAGGUUUCACAAGUAUAGUGAGCUCGAUCGAGCUGACUUGGAUCAGGGCUGGGGAUGGAUUACGUUCCUGGCAAGAGGAGAAAGGAAGGUGAUUAACUUCAGGCAGUUGGAAAUCCUAUUCGGUUUCACUUAUGGCGAGGGAACCCAUUGGGAUAUCAAGGAGAAGGAGCUACAAAGAGUAUGGGCUACAAUUGCUGAGGAAGGGUUCUCUUCUUCGAGAUCAAAGGCUGCACAGAUCAGGAUUCCUGUGCUGAGAUAUGUCCACAAAGCUCUUGCCAACACCUUCUUUGCAAGGAAGGCCACUGGUACAAUUAAUGAAGGAGAAGUGAAGCUCCUUGACAUGGGAAUCAAGCCCAUCAUCUCACGAUCCAAGGAUGGGAAGAGAAUUAGAGGAGAUAGAAUCCACGCAGGGAAUCUCAUGCCCCUCCUUGACCAGCUACUCUCCUACAAGACAAGCGCCUAUAACACUCGGUUUCAAACAGGAAGGAAGCUUAGUGUUGGAGGAGUCAUCACGCCAAUCCUAUGUGCAGCUGGGGUCCAUUUGAACAAGAGAAGGUCUACUCCAGCAGGAUGGAUGGAUAUUAAGUUUUGCAAGACCAACCUCCUCAUUGAACACAAGGAGUUGGAUGGGAGGUUCGAAUUCAAAUUCACACACCCAUUAGCUGGCCCUUCCAAGCUUCUUUUGCCCAACCCUGAGUUCACCACGGUUGUAGGAGGUAACAACAUUGACUUCAGCCCUCCACUUCACACGUUAGUUGGGCAUGAAGAAGAGUUGCGAGAAGAGGAGCCUGAACUCGAUUGA